AUGGUCUCUCUAGAGCAAAUCCGGUCUUCCAACUCCAAGAUCCCAACUACUCUCCGGCCGGGUCUGGUGGCUGUUUUUGCCGGUGCAACCAGCGGCAUCGGCGAGUCUUCGCUGAGGCAGUUCGCCAAGAACGCCAUCAAGCCUCGCAUUUAUUUUCUCGGCCGGUCCAAGCAGUCUGGAGACCGCGUCCGCGCAGAAUUGAAGAAGCUGAACCCCGACGGGGAGUACAUCUUCAUCAGCGUCGAUGUCAGCUUGCUGCGUUCCGUCGACGAUGUCUGUCGCCAGAUCAAGGAAAAGGAAUCUGCCAUCAACCUUUUGUUUUUGAGCACGGGAAGCAUGAUAACCGGUAAAGACACCGAAGAAGGACUCAACUACCCGACCGCCGUGGCAUACUUUGCCCGCCUCCGCUUCGUCGUCAACCUCCUCCCGCAAUUGCAGAACGCGACCGACCUGCGCCGCGUCGUGUCCGUCAUGGCAGGCACGAAGGAAGGCCCCAUCAACAUGGACGACCUGGCCGGCCGGACCACCAACCUGUUCAGCCCGAGCGGCCGGGGCCACUUCUGCUCCAUGAUGACCCUCUCGUUCGAGGCCAUCGCCAAGACGGCACCAGGUGUCUCCUUCGUCCACGACUACCCGGGCUUCGUCAAGACCAACCUGGGCAACGAUGUCAAGGGGCUGACUUUCGCCAUCAUCAAGGCCAUCUGGGGGGCCGUUUCCCUGGUCAUUGCGCCGCUGAUCGCCACCCCCUUCGACGAGGCCGGCGAGCGGCAGCUGUUCUUUGCGACCAGCGCCAGGUUCCCCGGCGGCGACGGUGGCGCCGCUGGUGUCCCGUUGCCCGAGGGUGUCAAGGUUGCGAAGGGGUCCGACGGGAAGCGCGCCAGCGGUGUGUAUUCCAUCACCAACCACGCCGAGACUGCGCCGCCCAAGGUAGAUCAGCUCUUGGAGAAGUUCAGGAAGGACGGCACCGCCCAGAAGGUGUGGGCACAGGUCCAGAAGGAGUUCAUUCGGACCACGGGGGUGGCUUCUGUGUAA